UUUCGUCAUUGUGGAAAUAGCUGAGCUGUGAUACGCUUGUAGGAGAAGUGUGUUCUAGACCAGAUGCUUUUGUGCUUUUAAAAGUCUUUCACAAUAACUAUCUCUCCUUUUUAUUUUGCCCGUGGACAUCGAGGUCUCUUCCCCUUGAAGAAAGAGUGAGUGACGGUGCAUAUGAAAUGUUCCGAGACUAGUUGAUACCUGAGUAUCCCGUAUUAGCACACAGACGCAUGAGAGCUUGUUUACAUGUCGGCAUGCUGUAAAUUUGUUUUACAACUGAUAACAGCUACCAGAAAACAGCUUCAAGGAUGUAAUUAACCAGUGGCGCCACCGUCUUCACGCACAGCGACUGGUCCAAUUCAGUUCGUUGUAAUGCUUGUUUCGAGGCGAAGGCAGGUCUGUGUGUUCGCUGCUAUAGUCUUGUCCGCCACCGCGUUCUGGACCAGUUUCUUCCUACCGUCUGCGCCACGAGGAUGGGUGCGUGAAUUCGAGGUACAUGGAUCUCCCGAUUUCUACGGCCUACUGCUAGAAAGAUCUACGGCAAAUUGCUCCAGCGAAAAUUCCCUCAAGAUGGAUAUGCCAGCCUCUGACCGCAAAAUGCUACUAGACAUUGAUGACUUCAGGUUCCACAUGAACCAGCCAUCAUGCCAAGGGACACCAGUAAUGGUGACUCUAGUGCAUUCAGCCCCCAAAAACAGGGAUAAGCGAGUGCUGAUUCGCAACACGUGGGGAUCCAUCAUUCAGGGGUCUCUACUCUUUUUGCUAGGGGAAGUCGACUCCCCACUGCUACAGGUGUCCUUGGAGUCUGAGAAUGACAGGUAUCAUGACCUCCUGCAAGGUAACUUCAGAGACGCGUACCGCAACAUGACAUACAAGCACGUAAUGGGAUUCAAGUGGGUCCUACAUUCCUGUCCUGGGGUGCGCUACGUGCUCAAAUCAGACGAUGACACUUUUGUUAACACUCCGGUGUUGAUAAGGGCAUUGACGCAGGGACGACCGCGUUGUGGGAUGAAGAAAUUGAUCAUGUGUCGGGUUUGGAGCGGCGUGCCAGUCAAGAGGAUUGGAGAUAAAUGGACGGUGACGCGAGAAGAGUUUCAUGAUGAUAUAUACCCAGACUACUGUUCGGGCACGGCCAUUCUGUAUUCCCAGGACAUGGUAUACGCGCUGUACAAGAAAGCCCAGCGAACCCGAUAUUUCUGGGUGGAUGACGUGCACGUGACUGGAACACUGGCUAAAAAUUUGAACCUGACACACCAACCAGUUGUUCCUGUAACACUCGGCAUAAAGGUAAUGGUAAAUAACACGAUCAGGUGCGACUAUCGACAAGUGAAGGGAGCGCCACCCUGGAUUCAGUCGUUCCUCUUCAGCAGACACAAUCUGUCAAACAUUGACAUGGGACUACUCUGGUGGUACGUGAAGAAAUGUGCUUCCAUCAUAACCGAGUGAUCUGGAGGAGCUCGUGCAGUGGCGGAUGAAAGUGCCGAAGGUAGAAACGUAUUUGUGAAAGAAAGUGCCAAAGAUUUGAUGGUAGUUACGGACAAGGAUUCCCAAGAUUGUAGCAUAACUGUUGUGGGAAGAGUUUAAGAACGGCCCAUAACCUUCGAUGAAAACGCCAAAGAAACAAUGUUCCAAACAUUGGCUCACGGCUGUGGAAUAAUGGAUCAGGUAUUGGAAGAGCCAAUGGUAAAGAUUAUUACGUAAUUUUACAUCACCAAACUGGUGAUUCGGGGCCAAAACUGUAUAUUUCCUUAGAGUUACCAAUUUUAAUACAAUCUGUCGCUCAAAGAGAAAACAAAAUGACAAUCUCACUGCUCACGAGUCAGAAUAUUCAAUUAUUUUCUACGCCACGGAGGCGAGAGACAUCUUUUGACAGGGGUGUUCACUGGCGCAGAUAAAGAAUGAAUAUUGAAAGAGACAAUUAGAUACAAAGUGCUCAUAUCACAAAAUUCUUACAUUCUCGUUCUUUUAAUUUUUCUUAAAUCAGAUUGCAGAAGAAGUGAGGUUAUGUGUAAUAGAAAUGAAAUGUUCUGAAGGCAAAAAUGUCAGGUCUGUUUCAAAGUCAUGCCGGAUUAAAGCGCAAAUUUUUGAAUGAGAUGAAGAUAGUUCUAAUACUGAAACUGAUAAAUUUAACUAACCUUAACUUAUUAACGGCGACAGAAUUGAGCUUUAAUCGACAGCUAGUAGAGAACACAAUACAUAUCAAAUAAUUUCAUAGAAUUAAUAUAUUUAUGAACAGUUCCAUGUUAUUAUUAUUCGAAACAAUAUUGUGACACGCUAAAGGAAUUCUGCCAACAUCACAAACUACGUAACGUAACACGUGAUACGAAGUUAUGAAUUCGAGAAUAUUUAAAACAUUAUUUGGUAAUAACGAUAAAAAAAUAAAAGUAAUAUUAGUGAUAAAAUUAGGAAAGGAAAACAUUUGGAAAAUUAGUUCUGCUCUGAAACUGAUUUUGUUUCCCGAAACACCAAAGUUGUAGAUAAACACAAACAAAACGAUACAUUUUGCAUUUAUUUAUGUUGUUGUGAAAUGAAAUCUUUUACAUGAGGAAAGCACAUUGUGUUAACCUGCUCAUGUUAUUAUAUGGACUUAACAAGGGUAAAGUAACGCAACACACUUAGAAAAGACUUGCACAAAAUUCUCACAGCGGCUUCUUGAAGACCAAUACAAAAAAUGGGAGUUCAACAUUUAUAUGGAUGGUAGGGAAGUUGUUUGCGACAGAAUUAGCUCAGGACUGAAUCUAAUAAAGGCUUUGAUAUUAGCAGCUUUUUAACCUUCAAAUUCCGGUACUGGAGAGUUAGUUUAGUUAAUUAAAUGUGUACAGCGCAACUCAGAACGAGUACUAUGAGACAGAAAUUCUUACAUUCUUAUUAUUGAUACUUAAUUAUGUAUAAUGAAUAUCAGCCAUGUCACAUGGUUGAAUGGAGAGAAAACCAAUGUUUUGAAGGUACUUAAGUUCAGUACCCUGAGGACGAGGAUGGUUUUCGAAACCUUGGCAUCUUCUCCAUUCAGCCUGAGAAUAAUUCAUUUUACUUAGUUGUGUGAUGAAAGCUUAUUUUCAACCUACAAUAUUAGAAGAAUAAAAGUUACUAGAAUUUUGAAAAGACAUCCUGUGUGUUACGUUCGUGCUAUAAAUCUAUAUGUAUUUACAAUUAUAAUAAAAUCUUAUCCAGGACA